AUGUUACAUUUCAGGAGGAGUCGAAAACCGACAAUCAUCAUUUGCUUGUUGGUCUUUGUGGGCUUCAUCAUUGUCCUCUCUCAUUCAAAUGGAGCUCAACUAGAUGCCACGGCUUCCCUGGUGGGCUGGGAGGGCCCUCAAUUCUCGCUUCCGUCCUGGAUCUCGACGGACGCUCUGAAUUUCUACAAAAACAAUCCUCUGGGGAGUCGCACUGGGUUCAGUGCGUCGUCGGACCCCCAGGAAGCGCCGCUGAAGCCUGAAAACGACACCCCGUCACCAUCAGAGGAGACGCCAGUCGAGAUUCCAGAGGACACUCCAGCGACCACCUCAGAUGAGACUGAAAUUGUUCCACUGGACGCCCCAGAGCUCACACCAGAGGUGACUGAAGAUGUUCCAGAGGAGAUUCCCGCCACCGCUCCAGAGGUCACUGACGAUAUUCCAAAGGAGACUCCAGCGACCACUCCGGAGGUGACUGAAGAUGUUCCAGAGGAGAUUCCAGCGGCCUCAGAUGAGACCGAAAAGGUUCCAGAGGAGACUGAGAUGGUCCCCGAGGUGACCCCGGAGGAGAAUCCUGCGGCAAUCCCAGAGACUGUACCAGAGGACACUCCAGCGCCCCUAGACCAGACCUCAGACGAGACCUCAGAGUCCGCUGAGACCACAGACAAGACUCCGAAACCCUUGGAAGAAGUUCCCGCUGCAAUCCCAGGAGCAACCCCAGAGGAUGAGGCUACACCAGCCGCGGCUGUUGUAGCUUCAACCACCGAUGCCGAGCCGACAGCGGCGACGGAGGCAGCGGCGUUAGAAAGCCUCGACUCCGCGUUCACCAAGGGGAAGAUGUCGUUCCAAAACGACCUCGACAUCACCCUUCCCAAGACGGAUCUGACCCAGUUUGCAAAGUACCGGCCUCAUAACUACGAGCCACUGGGACCGGACGAGGACAACAGCUUCAACUACGCAUAUGCGACGUUCCUCAGCACGCGGAACCCAUCGCUCCGGGACCCGUACUUCCUGGCGGUGCAGUCCCUGAUCUACCGGGUGCUCUGGUCGGAGCGAUCCAAGAGCGACCAGUACCCUUUCAUCGCAUUCGUGGCCGAGUACAUUCCCGAGCCGCAGCGCGACAUCCUCCGUGGGCUCGGUGCUGAGGUGCGCGAGCUGGCGCCGGUGGUGUGGCACCCCAACGUCGAAGGGGUGCACGCGCGGUGGGCCGACCUCUUCGCGAAACUGCACAUGUGGAACGAGACCGAGUUCGAAAAGAUUCUGUUCAUCGACGCCGACGCAUUCCCCGUGACCAACGUCGACGAGAUGUUCGAGCUGGCGCCGUGGCAGGAGUGCAACCGCACGCUCCUCGAGCUCGACGACGUGUUCCCGGACAUCACGGACUCGUGCGAGCCGUACGCGCUGGCCGGCGUGCCCAUGGACGUCAGCCCGGCCGACGGUGUCUCGUACAACUGGAACGUCGGCUCCAUGGUCAUCUCGCCGUCCCCCGUCAUGCACCGCCGCCUGCUCCAGAACUACGUCAAGGCCGAUCACUUCGACAACCACAUGGCCGAGCAGGCCUUUUUGAACUGGCAGUUCCGCGUCAACGGGCCUUUCCCCCCGACCCUCCUCAACAGGACCUACGACGGAUUCCUGCCCCAACCCCACGAGGAGGGCCAGUUCAAAAUCAUCCACGAGAAGCUGUGGGCCUUCGACAAGGACGGUUGGCUGGGCCGCGAGUGGUCCGAACCAUGGCAGUGGAUGGUCGACUGGAUCGACGGAGGCUUGUUCGCAGAAGCAAGGGAGAACGACGGUUUACGGAAAACGAAACCCGUCACUGGCACUUUGCCAACUGCCGCAACUGCGGGCGUUGAGAAGUAA